AUUCAGAUAACUUUCAAUUUGCCUCCCUUAUGGGACUGAACAGAUGCCUGUUGCUGUUGUCCCAGGAUUGUUGCUGCCCCCAGCCCUGAUGCAUUGGGAGCUCUGAGCUAUCCUUUCUGCAUUCAAAGGAAAUCAUGAGGGCGUAGGUUUUCUUGCAACAGGAAUCCUCUAUGGGUUGCACAGCAUCAUUGUCUUUUGAACAGGUUUAAAGCGGUGACUUCUGCCUGUAGUUCAUGUCCGUGUAUGCACUCUACCACCAGCACAUGGUUGCCCAGCUUACUGCCAGUCUAUUUCAGUCAUGCUUACGGGCCAGGCUAUCGUACAGUUGUCUGGGUGGAACUAGAUAAUGAUACUGUCCGACUGCUGUGCAGCUGAGUCAGCUAACAAUAGUUGUAUCAAUGGGGUCACCAGUUCACUCUGCAGGAGGACAUCCCUUUGUACUGCAUGGAGCCAUUUCUCGGGACUUUCUGGCACACUACGUACUUUAUACCCGCUUCCUGGACAUGCAUACAGGAUGAGCACCUUGGUAUCUGUCUUCCUCUGUAGUACAGCCACCACGAAGUGCAAAACUAGGCAAGCAAGAGCUGGCACCCUGGUUAAAAAUAGCCAACAUCAUCUUUCACCCAGCUCGGUCAUCAUCCAUUUCUCAGUAUAACUAGCAUUAGCUUUUAUCAAAAUUAUUUCAUGCCAAACUGAAACCAGGGCCCUGACGGAACACUGGAGCAAGACGACUUCAUAAAUACAUCUUGGUCUAUCUCUGAAAGAAAAAAAAAAAAGUGAGCAACAAGAGGUGCAGAUUUCUGCCAGACCAAUAAAACAUGAUAUUCAUUCAACUACCCACCAGCAUCAUUAGCAGUUGGAGGGCACAAGUCCUUUGAGAACUGGACCAGAUUCACUGCCCCCUGAAAACAACCGUCAGGUCACUGAGCAGAAUGGAUCUCUCUACAUGAUGGAGAAGGAGACUUUGGGGGAGGAAAGAGAUGCAGCAUAUAGUGAUUUGGGGUAUUACAUUAUUAACAAGCUGCACCAUGUGGAUGAAUCUGUGGGAAGUAAAACACGAAGAGCCUUCCUUUAUCUUGCUGCCUUCCCUUUUAUGGAUGCCAUGGCUUGGACCCAUGCUGGCAUUCUCUUGAAACACAAGUACAGUUUCUUGGUGGGAUGUGCCUCCAUCUCAGAUGUCAUAGCUCAGGUUGUUUUUGUAGCCAUUUUGCUCCACAGUCACUUGGAAUGCAGAGAGCCUCUCCUCAUCCCAAUCCUGUCCCUGUACAUGGGAGCACUUGUCCGAUGUACCACCCUCUGCCUGGGUUACUACAGGAAUAUACAUGAUAUUAUUCCCGACAGAAGUGGACCUGAAAUGGGGGGAGAGGCUACAAUAAGGAAGAUGCUGAGUUUCUGGUGGCCUUUGGCAUUAAUUUUGGCAACUCAGCGAAUCAGCAGGCCUAUCGUCAACCUUUUUGUCUCCCGAGACCUGGGUGGCAGCUCUGCAGCCACAGAGGCUGUGGCAAUUCUGACAGCUACAUACCCUGUGGGACAUAUGCCAUAUGGCUGGUUGACAGAAAUUAGAGCAGUCUACCCUGCAUUUGACAAGAAUAACCCCAGCAAUAAAAUGGUGAACACCAGCAGCACAGUAACAGCAACGCAUAUCAAGAAGUUCACAUUUGUCUGCAUGGCACUGUCCUUAACGCUCUGUUUCGUGAUGUUUUGGACACCAGAUGUAUCAGAGAAGAUUUUGGUUGACAUCAUUGGUGUGGACUUUGCCUUUGCAGAGCUCUGUGUUGUUCCUUUGCGCAUCUUCUCCUUCUUCCCAGUUCCAGUGACAGUUAGAGCACAUUUGACGGGUUGGCUGAUGACACUAAAGAAGACAUUUGUACUGGCACCCAGCUCAGUUCUGCGGAUUAUCGUCCUCAUCACUAGUCUCAUUGUUCUGCCUUACUUGGGAGUCCACGGAGCCACCCUAGGAGUUGGGUCACUUCUAGCUGGUUUUGUAGGAGAAUCUACCAUGGUUGCAAUAGCAGCUUGCUAUGUCUAUAGAAAACAGAAAAAGAAGCGGAAUGAGAAUGAGACAGCUACGGAAGGUGAAGACUCAGCAAUGACUGACAUGCCUCAAACAGAGGAAAUGACAGACAUCGUAGAAAUGAGAGAAGAGAAUGAAUAAUGAAAUGGGAUGUGACUGUUCUCUUCCAGGACAAUUGGAAUGAUACUUCAGCAUCUUUUCUUCUCUCAUUUUUUUUUGUGGUUUGUUUUUAUUUUUGUAAUAAAGAGGCCUUGAUUUAAAAGGUUUCAGAUAAAUUCUCUAGCAUACUGAGUAUGCUUACACUGAUGAGGGACCUAAAGGAAGGUCUUUGCUUUUUUCCUUUUUAGUUGAAUUUGUUUUCCUGCACCAUGCAAACUCAAAAGAUGUAGCUGCAUUACAGUAGAAGGAGUCUUCCUUACUUACACA